ACACGGGACUGAAAUGACAAUCUUGCACGAUUCUGUUUAUUUGAAAUCAAAACUCCAACAUGCUCAUUGGAUUAUACGAUACAUUGUGGAUACAAACCGCAUGAUUUUUAGGAUUAUCUUACCUUGCACUAAACUACACAAUAAUAUUAUGGAUUUCCACGGUCAUUUGAUCUCUUAGUUGUGCAAAUCAACAUACAAAAUUUGAGCUAAUGUGAGGUUCGAGCGACAUCAGUCCCACGUGUGUAUAAUCAUGCUGCUAUAGUUAAAUUAGCGACUCUAGUAUCUCGCUUCUCGUAAUUCGCUCCGGUUUGCCUGUUCGCACUGAAGAGCUGCUGGGCAGACAUUACUGGAUACUGAAAUUGGACUGGUAAAAAAGUAAAACUUUCACAAGAAAGAGCUCCAAGAGCAACACUAAAUAGAACGCAACAUCAGAGGGGAUGAAAAGGACACUGAUCGAGAAAGAAAAACGGAAACGUCGGGAAGAACAAAAAUGUCGAAACUAUAAUGUUUAAACUUUAAUAGAGCAAAAGAUAUGACUGAAUCUACUAGCUACCAUGCUGUCCCGGUCAUGCCGGUGGUGUUGAUCCGGAUGAAAAGAGCUAUACUUUUCGGACUUGGUGCUCUUUUUACAGCAAUACUCGCGACAGGAUUAAGAGGGGAAUGGUUGUUUAUUUUCAUCCAAGCUAAAAGACUAUGGCAAGGAGACGCAACCUGGAGGGCAGGAGUUAAGGAUCGAACAAAUAUGACGGAUGAUGGCUCUGUCAUUAAUGAUCAUUUCAUGAAAGAUAUACAAUAUUACCUUCCCUUGUCAUUUGUUGGAGCAUUUUUCAUCUUUUAUGGAGUUGGUGGUUUUCUCAAAUGGUACUACUAUAUCCAACGUCGUGAGAGGGCGACAGACUGGAAAUGCCAGCCGGAUCGGUUCUUGCAGCCCGCCGACGACAAAUUGGAAUUUUGGUUAGGGUCUUUCAACAUGGCAAUCGGUGCAAUUUCAUCAGGUAUUUUAGUCACUUAUAUCAUGAACGGAGGCGAGACGAAACUUUAUUACAACAUCGGAGACUACGGAUGGGGCUACUUCCUUCUUUCCAUCCCCGGUUUCUAUGUGUACAACGAAGCGUCCACGUAUUACACCCACCGAACGAUGCACCAUCCAGUCUUUUACCGUCGAUAUCACAAGCUUCAUCAUCGCUUCAAAGCUCCAACCCCCUGGUCAGCAGCUGCCAUGCAUCCGUAUGAAUUCAUCAUCUUCCAGUUUCUCCUCGAGGUUCCGAUUUUCCUGGUCCCAUUACACGCGGGUGUAUAUCUCUUCUGGUUGGUCUAUGGAGUAUACCACGGUAUUCUGUCUCAUUCGGGCAUUGAUCUACAUUCUGCAUUACCAUGGCAACCUAGUGUAAUGUUUCAUGACGAUCACCAUAGGUAUUUCCAUUGUAAUUUCGGAGUGAACACGAUGAUGUUUGACCGGCUUCACGGCACACUGAGAAAAUACGACAGAUUCUACUCGGAAACAACUUUCGGAGGGGAGGGCGCCCCCAUCCAAGAUUCGUCGACCGCCAGACUCAUUGAUAAAAAUAAAUGAUAGGACUUUCCUUUUUAUGCUACUGUUUCACCACAUGCAAAGCUGACUCAAGACCGACCAAAGCCUCUACGUUAUUUCCAAUGACAUAGCAUCGGUCGGUUUGGAGUCGGUUUCGUGUGUGCAACUGUAGCACGACCGUCUCUCUUAUGUACAUGGUCACAUCGGCGAACCAACUAGACCGAUCAUCUAUUACGUUAUUUCCAACAUGGACUCUGACCAUUGACCUACAAGUAGGUCCAUGCUCUGACUCAGAGUAGGUCCAUAUUUCCAAUGACAUGCCAUCGGUCGGUUUGAAGUCGGUUUCGUUUGUGUCACGGUAGCAUAAUUCUGUUUUGUGUGUGCUUAGAUCUUUUUCAUUCUUGAUAUUACAAUCUCAACUAUUA